UCACGAAGUCGCGAAAGAGCAAACCGUUAGAGGCGCAGUGGUGGACAGUUGGUCUUGUCCCGUCACUAGAUCUUGAUGAUGAGUGAACAAAAUAUUCACAGGUAAGAUGGCUGCGCAGAAGCAGUUUCUGCUGGGAAUACUGGUGGGCCUGACCGUGGCUUUUGUGAUUUCCGUCGUUCAAAUGGAUCAACAAGUCCACCCGAUAUUCAUGGGCAGGCCGUCAGGCGAUGAGUUAUUUAUCGGCGAGGAAGCAUUCGAAAGGGAUGACCACGAAGCCUGGGACAGAAGCAUCGAAAGGCAUGGGCCCGGCAUCAUGCUGGAUAUCCACGAUGAACAUGCACAUCACGAUGACAUGUCGGAAGCGCGGCGGCUGGCGAAGGAGGUGCGCGUGCUGGUGUGGGUGAUGAUGUCGCCCAACAAUAUGCAGGACAAGGCGCGCGUGGUGCGCGACACGUGGGGCAAGCGCUGCAACAAGUUGCUCUUCUUCCGUUCCGAGACGGACGAGAACUUCCCCACCAUCGGCCUCAACGUCAGCGAGGGCCGCGAGCACGUGACGGCGGAGACAAAGAACGUUUUCCGGUACGUCUACGAGCACCACUUGGACGACGCCGACUGGUUCAUGAAGGUGGACGAUGACACGUACGUGAUAGUGGAGAACCUGCGCUACUUCCUGUCCAACGAAGACACGAGGGAGCCAGUGUGGUUUGGCCAUCACUUCAAGACCAUCGUCAAGCAGGGCUACUACAGCGGGGGCGGCGGCUACGUGUUGAGCAAGGAAGCGCUCAAGCGCUUAUACGAGAAAGGUUCUGACCCGAAAGUCUGUCGCCAAGAUGGCGGCGCGGAGGACGCAGAACUGGGCAGGUGCAUGGAGACGCUUGGGGUUCGAACCUCCAACACUUCUGACGUCAUGGGCCGUAGUCGCUUCCACUGCUUUGACCCCGAGACGUUCCUGUUUGGCGGCUAUCCCGAUUGGUACUACCAGUACGAUACCAACGGCGCCCGGAAGGGUAUCGGCACGAUGAGCGACUACUCCAUCACCUUCCACUACGUGUCACUUGAGAAGAUGCUGGUCUUGGAGUUCUACAUCUACCAUCUCAACGCGUACGGCAUCAUCAACGGCAGACAGAUGUUGAACAGAGCUCCAUUCAAGAGCCAGAAAGUGUAUCCAACUAGGAUAUAGGACUCUUUGAGCCACAUAUAUAUAUAUACAACCUUUGACCUCAGAUCACCUGCCCCUUUCCCAGAAAGAAAGUGAUUUUGCAAGGAGGAUGUUUUCUGUUGCGGUAUAUGAGCGCUGCUAGACAAGACAGGCGUUGAGUGAAACUAGUGAGUGUCUUUCAAAGGUGUUAUUUGUGUCUACAAGGCUUUGCAUGUUUGGGAGGGUGAUUGUGAAUCAGUUUGCAACUACCCUCAGUCACCAAGAUAGGAGGGAGAGAAAGGCAGCGGAAGACGGAGUAAGUGUUGCGGUUUAUGUACUUACUUAGUUAACUGUGAGAACACAUGGGACGCCUGUCACCGGUCUUUUUACCUGGCUUAAAGACUAAGGGUUCGCCAGUGUUUUGGGGCUGCUUCAAAGUGUGUUACCUCAGUAUCACUACAUCGUCUACAUGCUAAUUAUACCUGUCGCUGUCGUCUUUCACAUGUUGAGCGUUGCGCGGGAUCUGCUUCACUGUCCCCUCACUUCUCAUUCCCCACCCCACCCCAUACCCUGUCUUCCACGUUGCAAUUUAAAGGUGUGUACUAUGUAUUUGUUGUGAAUUAUUCACACACCUCCUUAUUUAUCUUUCUCUUCGCACGAUAGUGUAGCCGUAUGGAAUCCGCACAAAAUUGUAAUGAGGGCAAAGGUGCAGGUAGGACGUUUGUUGAUGAUAGUAACGCAUUUUUUUUAAGACGUUUUAUCAUCUUCCCUUCUCCCCACCCUCCCACUUAGGAUUUGGUCAGCGUUAGGCUUAUCAUCCAUUACUCAUGCGCAGACGAAAAGGGGCAUGCGGGGUGGGACUCCCAGGAUCAGGUGACCCGUACCUGCAUCCGUUACAAAAGUACGUUUGUGUCUGGACUUCGUUAUUGUUUCAAUAAAUUGGUUAGUCUGACGAUCUCUCACCGUGAUAAAGCCUUAUUUCGCCCUCCUGUUUUCUUCCCUGUUUUCCUCAAGCUGGUGUCAUAUCGACGGUGUUCCUCCCUUCUGCCCAUGGCUAUUUCAUGCCAGCGCAUCCGCAAAAAAACACCUGGACGACAAUGUUAUGCCCUCGUGCGGGUGAGGGCUGGGGUGGUGGCUCUGGGGAGUAAAAAUGUGAGGAGAUGGGAUGUGGGUGAAUUAAUUUGUCAUUACUCUCACGUAAAUGGUUGUAAAAGCGUUCUUCACACUUUUAUUUCUCUUUGCAUGUUUGUCUUCCCUAACUUUUUUUCUUUUAAUGCAUUUACAGAUCUAGUAUAUUUUUCUUCUGUGCUCACUGAUAUUGACAAAUUGUAAAUGCAAACUUAAGAUAACUAA